AUGUCUGAAGCAUACGAGCGAGAGAGACAAAACAACGACUCCAUCUCCUCCCUUCAAGCAAAAGUCUCCCAACUCCGCAGCGUGACCGUCGACAUCUACGACAAUGCCCGCGAUCAAGGAGUCAUCGACUCUACCUCCGAGACGUUCAGUACCAUGGCCGGCUCUCUGAAAGGGAGCGCGAACAGGCUAGGAGUAAUGGCAAAGCAGGGGAACAAAGUUGCCAUUUUCAAGCUGGCUGGGAUAAUCAUUGUGACGUUGUUGGUGGUGUGGUAUGUUGGAGGCUGGAUACUGUCGUGGUUCUUCUAG